ACCAGAGAAAGAGAGGAGGAGACGGGCAGAGGGACACGGUCCUCCCCGGUCGGCACUUCUUCUGUGUAGGUGUGAGAAACGGCUGACUGUUUGGGGGGGUGUUUAGUUUAUCGCACCUACUUUGCCCCGUCAGUGUCGGACUGUGGGACUUGUCCGACGGCUAGCUUGUUAGCCACUGACUCCCGGCUUACAUGGCCAGCUAGCGCGGUUGAUGAGCUAACUGUUGUUAGCCGCCGGCUCCGGGGCUCAAACACUAGGACCCGGCGAAGUGAAGUGCCGCGGAGGGGAAUGGCAAGAGUUCACCUCGGAUAGCCCGUUCGGAAGACGCAGCGACUGGCCGCGACGGAACGGGUCCACCUAUUUCUUCAGUGCUCCGAGUCACCGGUCGUUGGUGUUACAAUAAUCCCCAUCAUGGUGCAGAAGUACCAGUCACCUGUGCGGGUGUACAAGCAUCCGUUUGAGCUGGUGAUGGCGGCCUACGAGCGCCGAUUCCCCACCUGUCACCUCAUCCCCAUGUUCGUGGCGAGCGACGUGAUGGAGGAGGAGACCAGCGAAGACGGAGCUAACCAGAGGAUUGAGCGCCGAUGUGCCCUGGAUGUUGACGCACCACGCCUGCUCAAAAGAAUUGCUGGUGUGGACUACGUCUACUUCAUCCAGAAAAACACAAUGAACCGAAAGGAGAGGACGCUGCACAUUGAGUCCCAUAAUGAGACCUUCUCCAACAGGGUCAUCAUCCAUGAGACCUGCUGCUAUUCGGUUCACCCGGAGAAUGAGGAAUGGACGUGCUUUGAACAGACCGCCAGCCUGGACAUCAAGUCGUUCUUUGGUUUCGAGAGCACGGUGGAAAAGAUUGCUAUGAAGCAGUAUGCCAGCAGCAUCAACAAGGGAAAAGAAAUUAUUGAGUACUAUCUGAAGGAGCUACAAGACGAGGGGAUCACUCAUGUCCCCCGCUGGACUUCCUCCUCCUGUUCCCUGCCUCCCCCCAGGCCGACAAGCCUCUGCACCAGCCCACCUGAGCCUCCCAAGCUCGUGGUCACACCAGUGGUUGCCAUUCCACUGCCCGCCAACGCCAAGGACAGCACCUCUCAAAAUGCCAAGCAGGACAGCCCCACGCUUCAGACAGAGAGCCUCACUGAGAUCCUGGCUGGUACACCUGAAGACAAGCUGGAUGCAGACUAUAUCAAACGUUACCUUGGCGACCUGACCCCCCUGCAGGAGAGCUGUCUGAUCAGACUUCGCAAAUGGCUGCAGGAGACGCACAAGGGAAAGAUCCCGAAGGAUGAACACAUCCUGCGUUUCUUGCGGGCCAGGGACUUCAACAUCGACAAGGCCCGUGAGUUCCUGUGUCAGUCGCUGACCUGGAGGAAGCAGCACCAGGUGGACUACCUGCUGGAGAAAUGGAGCUCACCACAGGUCCUGCAGGACUACUACACUGGGGGCUGGCACCACCAUGACAGAGAUGGUCGUCCUUUGUACAUCCUGAGGCUGGGCCAGAUGGACACUAAAGGACUGGUCCGCGCUCUCGGAGAGGAGUCUCUGCUCAGACAUGUGCUGUCUAUCAAUGAGGAGGGUCUGAGACGCUGCGAGGAGAACACCAAGGUGUUUGGUCGACCCAUCAGCUGCUGGACAUGUCUGGUAGAUCUGGAGGGGCUGAACAUGCGUCACCUGUGGCGCCCGGGAGUCAAGGCGCUGCUGAGGAUCAUCGAGGUUGUGGAGGCCAACUACCCAGAGACUCUGGGGCGGCUGCUCAUCCUACGAGCCCCCAGGGUGUUCCCUGUCCUCUGGACACUGGUGAGUCCAUUCAUCGAUGAAAACACCCGCAAGAAGUUCCUCAUCUACGCAGGCAAUGACUAUCAGGGUCCUGGAGGUCUGGUCGACUACAUCGACAAAGAGAUUAUCCCUGACUUCCUGGGAGGAGAGUGCAUGUGUGAGGUACCAGAGGGCGGCCUGGUUCCCAAGUCCAUGUACCGCACAGCUGAGGAGGUUGAGACAGAGGACAUCCGCCUGUGGACAGAGACAAUCUACCAAAGCGCCAGCAUCUUCAAGGGAGCUCCACACGAGCUGCUGAUAGAGAUCAUCGACGCCUCCUCAGUCAUCACCUGGGACUUUGACGUGUGCAAAGGCGACGUUGUUUUCAACAUCUACCACUCCAAGCGGGCCCCCCAGCCACCGCGGAAAGACGCCUCGGGAGCCCAUGGUAUCACCUCUCCGGUCGUUAACAACGUCCAGCUUAUCGACAAGUCGUGGACACUGGGGCAAGAUUACAGCAUGGUGGAGUCCCCGCUCACCUGCAAGGAGGGAGAAAGCGUGCAGGGCUCCCAUAUAACUCGGUGGCCAGGUUUCUACAUCCUCCAGUGGAAGUUUCACAACAUGGCGGCCUGCUCGGCCACCAACCUGCCCCGGGUGGACGACGUGCUGGCGACUCUGCAGGUCUCCUCGCACAAGUGCAAAGUCAUGUACUACACUGAGGUGUUGGGCUCUGAGGACUUCAGAACCGCUUGCUGUGAUGUGCAGAGUUUGGGUUCCAUGACCAGCCUGGAGUCGAGCCACAGCGGCUUCUCUCAGCUCAGCGCCGCCACCACCUCUUCCAGCCAAUCACAAGCCAGCUCCAUGAUCUCCAGGUAGAAAAUGGAAGCAGAAGACUUCAUCCCCCCCCCCGCAUUGACCUGACCAUCAACACAGAAGCCAACCCCACCUCCCCAUUGUCUGGAUUCCUAUGGCAAAGCCAGUCACUAUGGAACUGAAGCAUGCUUGCACAAACAGAAGACAAAGAAUUGAAAAAAAAAUCUGAAGCAAAAAGAAAAAAAACAACAAGACUGUACAGUUAAAAAGGGCUGAUUUUUGCACAAAGGUCACAUAUUUAUCGUGUGUGGCGUCUCUGCUAGGCAGCAGUUGGAAUGGGAACAUUAGCGGAAUGUUUGUUUGUAUCAUCUCGCGUGUAGGGCGGGAAGGUUAAAGGUGGAGAAUCGGUUCGAGGGGCCUUUGUAGCGCCGGAAGCUGAAAGAAGCAAUAUUCUCAUCCUGGACGAGACUGGAUGACGACACUGGAGACGCUACAUAUAUGCAUUUACAUGUACAUUGACACACACAUGACUGAGAUGAGGCGUAGCUCAUUCAUGUGAGUUGGCAGAAAAGACUGGAUGUGCUGUUACACACAUUAAACACCACCUACACAUAAACAUAAACAUGGACGUUUGAUGAAUGCAAAAAACUUGUUUGCCAUAUUGUUACCAGAGGGGUGUGUUCAAUCUGGUGAACUGUUUAUAAGUCAAGUUGGUGCGGUAAACUUAUCUAGACCCGGGUCAAAUAUCGCCUGCAAAUAAUGUUUUUCUUUCUUUUUUUCUUCCAAAUAUAUGGAGUGGGUGGAGCUCACUGAAUCACGACAAUACAGAUGGGAGUCCGCCAAGUUGUCAGUUGACAGGGAAAUUUCAAAGUUUUCCCGCCUGAACAUUUUUUUGUCUCGUGGCGAAGCCCACCGUCUGUCUCACGGGGGCUUUUAUCACACCUUGAAAAAGCAGUGGACUUUUUUUUGACCCGGGUCUGACUCUUGGUGAAGGUAUUCGCUAGAAGCAAUAACUUGAGUUUGACUUCCUGUUGUGUGAAAUGUUUCUAUUUAUCAUUUAGACAAAUGUGGAGGAUCGUGGGCGCUGAUGGCAGACGACCUCUCUGUUGCGGACAGACGGGCAAACUGAGCCAGUGAACAGUGGCAUUGGCAUUAUCACUUAUUGUCUCUGAGACUGUUACCAUUAUAAGGAGAGAAGCAGAAAUAAAUUAAAAAAAAUAUAUAUAUAUAUCUAAACCUGGACUUUCUCCUGGGAAACACUUAUUAAGGAACUCAAGUCAAAAUCAAGUGGUCAAGGAGAGAUGCCUUGUCACUGGUUUGUGCUACUGAUUGGUUAGCACUCGCUAACCAAUGACAUACCUGAAUUUGGAGGGUUCUUGUGUUACUGGGCAGCACUGCCAUCAUCCAGUACUCCUUUUUUCAGAAUGAUGUAGAUUUCUGUGUGCAUUAGGAAUGAAUGUUACUUCAUGAUUAUCAUUUGGAGUCGCACCAGCGGACGUGUGGCAUGUUGAAACUGUACAUGUGCUAGUGACGGUUGGAGUUUAGAUGUUACUGUUUUUUUGGGGGGGAUGAGUACUUGAUGAGGUGAAGUACUUGCUGAGGUGUGUUACUGCAUGCUCAAGUGGUGAUUGGGUUUACAGAUUUAACUAUUUAAAAAAAAAUAAUUAAGAAAUAGCCAUUCUAAGAGCCAUGUGUCAAUAAAUACCAUUUUAGCCUUUGUAAGCAUCACUUAGAAACCUACCAGCUUUUUUUUUCCUAGGUCACUACUGUAACGGAUGAGUGGUCGCAAAUUAACGAACAUUUCCAAAUGCAACACAUCCAUGCAGUUUUUUUCUACACAGAUUAUUUGGCAAACGAGCACCGAUGACUUCACAUAGAUCAGACCCCCUGCAGAGGGCAGGAUUGAUCACCAUUGCCAAGAGUCAUCAGGUGCUGUUGCCGUGGAAACCGAGUGCAGCUCACAGCAACAAAACAAAAGAAAACGGAUAAGAUGGAGGCUUUCUCCUAAAAAAUCUUUUUGAUACGUGAAGCUGCUUGUUUUUAAACUGUAGAUGAAAGGUCAAGGGGUUAACACGAGGUUACUAUGUGUCAUUAACUGCAAUAACAUGAAAUGCUUUAGUGAGAAGAAGGACCUCCUCAGACUGAGGGCUAUCAGGUGUGUGAUGGUGUAGAGGAGUGGAGGUGCGGGACAGUGAGACGUGUGUGUGUUGAUACUGUGUGUGUGUUGAUACUGUAUGUGUUUCUCCGCUCACCAGUCUGGAGCAUGUCCACAUCCUCACAACUAACCCUUCACCUGUUAAUUCCUCCAGGAGUCUUGACCUCCAUCUCUUCAAUGGUUUUACUGAUGAAACAACAAAUGGCAUCAGACCUUACUUCUCAUAUUUUCCUUUUCUCUCUUUCUCUUUUUCUCUUAUUUGACUCUAUGUCACUUGUACACUCCAGUUUUGCAGUUUGGCUUCCAAAUACUUCAUUGUGUUUAUCUUAGAAAAAACCGAGUGGACCUUUGAUUGAAGCCAUAGGCAUAAACACUGAGCGCGUUCAUCGAGAUCUCAUCGACAAGCGAGGGCUAUAACUGUUCGUCUUGACCGUUCAACACAUUUGUCUGUCUCUGCUUCUUUUUUGUUCCUGAGAUCGUUGCAUAUCUUCUCUUUAUCUUAAUGAGGAAUAAUGUCCAAAAAAAGUGUACAUGUUUGGAUUCAUGAGAAUAUGGCGUCUUUACAUGUUUUGAAAACAUUAAACUUGAAUUAUGAGAAAAUA